GGGCAACACCAACACUGGGCUGGCGCUUUCCCGCGGACUCGCGCGGAAAUUACAGUGUGCUCGGUCGAGAACCGUGCGACUAUUGAAACGGACACAUUUCAACUGAUUGUGCUCGCUAAAUGUGACGGCGUAAGCACAUUUGCGUUUUUUUCGUUUGAACCGUUACACAUCUCAUAGGUGAUGCCUCGUCAGCGCAACGGUGAUGGUACUACGUCGGAAAGUUCUAAGGAGCCACUGAGAUUCUUCGUUCUGCCAAAUGCUUACGCGGCGGAAGACGAACAAACACACAAUAUUGUGCCACUGCCACAUCCAAAAACGGAGGCGUCAUCACUCUACCUAAAAGCUGACUCGGGUGAAUACCUAGAGUUAGUCAAAUUCAAGGAGAAGCGUGGAUCUUGGAUCGUGGAUGACUUUGUAGAACCAGAUGGAUCACUGUAUGUCGCCACUCCGAUGGAUCCCCUCUUCUUUGCUGUGGCUCUUUUGCAAAAGAGUGACAAGUUCCGGCCGCUGGAGGACUUUGUAGAGGACAACUUGUAUCCUCACCUGGUCAAUGUCAUCCGUUCCUGCAGCAGUCGUAUGCGACACAUUGCAGAUGUCAAAGAGCUGGGUGAGGAUCGAGUGUACCGCUACAACGAGUCCAAGUGCCUUGCCUGGCUUACCAAGAAAGUGAAGGCCGUCGCAACCGCGUUGGAGUCGGCUGACAUCCAGGUUGGCGCAGCAUGCAUCAGUGCGGCUCUGGUCAGGAGCAAACGUGACACCAGGCCUACAAGUGAGGACUACAUGGUGACAGCACACUCCAUAGUAGCCGACUAUGUUCCACCCACCUUGGGCUCAUUGCUGAAGACAUCGCUGGGCCUGGGCAAAAAACCUGCAGCUGAGAAGAAGGCAGAAGCACCGAGCUCCCCUCCACCUAAGAAACAGAAGACUGAGCAAGUGGAGCCACUGGAAGACUACAGCCAAGGCACACCAAAGAACGGCCUUUUGAAAUCGGCUAAGACGCCAAAGCUGACGGCCAGCCAGAAGAAACUGCAGAAGGCAGACAAAACAGGCAUGAAGAGCAUUUCAAGCUUCUUUGCCAAGAAAUGAAUGGCAGAUCUCUAGUGCUUGCUUCAGCAAAAGUCCUUCAAGGCUUGGCCGCUGUCAGCACAACUGUAUAGGACCAGGGACAAGCUUCAACCUGUGCAUUGGCUUUCACUUGACCUCAUUCACAUCACAGUCGUAUGACAUUAACAGAAUCUUCUUAGAAAUGAGCUGCUGUACUGCUAAUGCUCAUUAUCUGUGCAGUGGACAUUUUAAUGUUUCAUUUUGUUAAUGUUGCCUGGAAAGCCCUGAGAAAUUACGUAAGCUGGGCCAAUGCGUUGAAAUGUAAGAGCAGGCUGUAAAAAAAAAUUAUGUAUAUAAAAAGAGAAAUGCAUAACUGCAGAAAUCGUAAACGCUAAACAAUGUUUACUCAGCACAGAAUGUGAGCGGCAAAGGCAAGUUUUGUGUGGGUACAAUAAGGUAGCGGGAUGUUUAAUCGAACGAUAUGCAGUUUGCCAGGGUCAUUGUAGGUUGACUAUUUAGAGUGAUUGGUUGCUGAGCUUACACAGAUUAAAAUAACCAAAGCUAUGCGGAGUUACCUUACCAUUAUAUAUUUGUAAAAUUUAUUGCAGGCAGUGAAAGAAACAUUCGUUACUGAACGCAUUUCAAGUAAUUGAAUCACAGAAGGCAAAAGUGAUCACAGCUCUUGCGUGGUAUAAAUACAUGCUAUUGGAUAGCUACGACGUAAGAGCAGAGGCUGUGGAUGCGGUUUUAGAAUGUGGUGCCUUCAGUGUGAAUGCUCGAAGAAGCAGUGAAACAAAGUAUACAGUAUGGUGCAGCAGGACUAAAGAAAUCGCAGUCCAAUUGUCUACUUUUGAUUAUCGGUCUCGUCACAGUCAUGUGGGGUUAAGAAGUUUUUUGAGAAACAGGUUAAUGGGCAGUUAAUAACUUGCUGUUCAUUGUCUGUGCAGCGAUUAGUUUUGAGGUGGUGCAUUUUAGGUGAAAACCAGAGCAGUGUUGACAAUGACUACUAAUGGCAUCCUUUGGUUAAAAAUUAGUCACUUAGCUCGCAUUAGCUAAUUGGUAUUUACUAUACCUAUUACAGUCUAGCAUGCUGCCUAUCUCUGCUUUGUCUUGUAAUGUUAGGUAUGCCUGUGACGAUUCCUUCUUUGUCGCUUCCCCGCUUUCUUUUCCCAUAAAGACUGCAAUCUAUUCCUGCUGCAUGAUCUCCACUGCUGACCAUUUAACACUCCCAUCAGCUUUGAGCCCAAGCACUCCUAGAAGGUGGAUGUUCCCUCUAAUUCUGGCUGGAUUAAUAUCAUUGCUGUGAUUGGAAGCUAAUCUGUACAGACUGUCAUCCAGUGAUAUGUUAAAAACUUUGUUGGCUAUUUCAGCUUUCAUGUAAAGCAUGCCCUGUAGUAGCAUGGUUGGUUGUUUCUUUUAUUCCAUAUAAAUUUUUGGCACACCUUGGAAAGCUGUCAUUAACUGCAAUCUCAUUUCAAUAAAAGCCAAGUGCACCUCUUUUUGAACAAA